AUGGCAAAAAGUUCAGCUUUAGCAUCCAUCCAAAUUUCCCUUGUGCUAUUACUAGCAAUCGUUGUUUGUUUAGAAGUUAAUCUUCUUGACCCUUACUGUUGCUACCGUGGGAAGGAAACAAAGAUCACUGCGUACGUUCAACUAUUUUUAGGCGGACCAAAUGUCACAACUGUCCCAGUUGCUGGAGCCCUCGGUAGGCCGAGAAUUCCUAAGGAAUUUGGAACCAUUUCUGUUAAUGAUGCUCGCUUAACAGAAGGCAUCAGCAUCAAUUCUCUAACUGUCGGUCGAAGCCAAGGUCUUUAUGUUUCUGCAUCCCGUGAUAAUGUAAACUCAUUUGACCUAUUUUCCUUCCUUUUUACCAACGCACAAUACAACGGUAGCACAUUGGAAUUCCAAGGACCAGGACUUGACUUACAAAAUGUUACUACGGUGAGAGAAGUUUCGGUAGUUUCUGGCACCAAAACGUUUAGGUAUGCUCAGGGAUAUGCAACUUUUCAGACAGUUCUACGAAGGCCAGCAAUGAAUUAUACGGUUAUAAGGGGCAUUGUUACCAUAAGGCACUACUGA